AUGAAGAUUUUCGCUUGUGUUCCCUGGCUUCUUGCAGCCAUAGCUGUGGCCCAUCCAACCCUGGAGGGAACGAUGGGCAGCAACAGCAGCAACAGCAGCAACAACAGCAACAGCACUUGGACGCCGCCACUCGGUCCUGUUGACACUCUCGUCAGCCCCAAAUGCCCAUAUGAACCCUGCGAAGCGGCCUGCAAUUUCUGGCCUAUACUUUUCUCUUUCGGUGCAAGCUGUGAUUGCAUGUUUGGACUGUUCAUUUGUGUGGGAGAGAUUGACUGA